GACACACUAGCUUUGCUUGCCCGGAGCAUCAUCCGAGCAUGAGAUAUUGCUGUGCAGCGCAGGCAUUGCUGCUUGGCUUUAUGCUAAGGACUAGCAUGUGGUGAGGAGGUCGCGCGGUCUUUAUGCUGCCCCUGCUGCCCCUUCUGCUGCCAUGCUGCUCCGCGCAAAGGCGGAAGGCCGUCGUCGCGCUGCGGGGCGACGCGUUCCGGUUCGGCCACAACUCGAAACAGGGAUGCGUCCACGUGAACCAGUCCUACGCGAACCAGCUCUGGCAGGUCGAAUCGAUCAAAAGGUACGUGAUGGAGCCGCUGCGGGCGGCGGGGUACACCGUGGCCGUGACCGGCGUGGUGUACGAGGGCUGCGACGCGGCCUGGACGCGCGCGAUCGCCGCGGCGCUCGCCCCCGCGAGCGACGCGACGCGCAUCGACUUCGCGCUCCCGCGGCGCGACGAGCACCAGCAGCGCGUCGUGUUCGCGCUGGCGGUGGACCACGCGUUCCGGCUGCACCCCGACGCGGCCUUCGUGGUCGUCUCGCGGCUCGACGUCACCUACUGCCGGGCCAUGCGCCGGCCCAACGGGACGCUCUGGCGGGCGUCGCUGGGCGUCGGCGUCGGCACCGGCUGGUGGGACCAGGUCCACGUCGUCGGGGCGGGCGCGCGCGACGCCGUCCGCCGCGUCCUGGCGUCCCCGAAGUCGCUCCACUUCGGCGGCCUCCAGCGGAACUUCGUCGAGCGCGUCGCGACGCCGACGACCUCGCCUCCGCUCUUCACCCUGUUCGACGCGACGCCCGACCCCUACGCGCACUGCGACCGACCGGGCCCGCCGAGGCCCGGCUACAACUUCGUCGCGUCGACGCCGUGCUGCCUGGCGAACUCGUCGUGCGGCCAGGGCCGCGACCGCUGCACCGGCAAGCCCACCGUCCGCCGCCACGGCGUCAAGGCCCUGUCGUCGUACGUUCCCGACGUAAGUACUAGUAGUAGCGCCAACACACAGGGACGGUUAGCCCGGCGCGUUCGCGCACGGCCCGCGGACGGGCCGCGGGCAGAGCCUCGUCGCCGCGACGGCGGCGCCCCACCGCGCGACGCGCUCCGCGAAGACCCGGUCCGCCAGCGCGUAGAGGGCCGCGUCGCCCUCGAGCCAGCC